CCAGAGAUCACCAUCCUAUCAGCUGAGCCGCUGGCGUCCAACACCUGGUUCCCCGGGGCUUCUGGGGGAUUCCCUCCACCCCCUCCUCCUGCUGCUAUGAUCUGGAGCAGUAGUAUACCUCCUACUAUACAGCCCCCUCCUUCUUAUGACGAGGUGAUUAGAGAGAAGAGUCAGGUACAGGUGUUGCCUCCUUCCUUCUCCUCCUCCCCCCGACACUCCGUCUCCACAACUACCAUCGCCACGCAGACUGACACUGGACUGGAAUUCUCAGCAGUGGCCCACGGCCACGCCCCCAACCAGAGAGGCUCUGUGGCCAGGAGACCUCCAAAGCCUCCCAGACCUUCCUAUCCCUAUACAGCCAAACCGUCGCACCCUGAUGACACGACGUCGCACGCUGAUGACACACUCAUCUUCCUAGAAGACAGUCCAGCACUACGCACACACACUCAGACCAGCAGACACACCGUCAUACACACAGAGGAGACUAGACCAACAGCGUUUCACUAUGAUCUCUUGACCUCUGUUCCUUUCUCACCUCUGACCUCUGCCUCUGGCAGCCAAACCGACCAAUGGGAGAAGUCCUCCUUCGUCCUCCCCCCUCAUUCCACUGUCUUGACAACGCCCUCCGACCUUCCUCUGCCCCAUAACCAGCCCAGGCCACGUCCUCGCACAAAGAAUAACCUCCGACCAAUCAGGAGAGAGGUCAAAGUUCAGACCCUGGUGAGGCUGGGACAGACAGGAUGUGAGGUCACAGAGAACCAAGAAGUGAGUCAUCAUGGGGGGAAGUACCUUCAGGAUCUCCUGGAUGCCUUCAGUUCCGACGAUUGGGGCUUCCCUGAUCACCAUAGCAACGACGAAGUAGAGAGGGACUUGAGAGGAGAAGAAGAAGAGGAGGAGGAGGAAGAUAUAAGAGCCAGGAUACAAGCCUUCGAGCUGCAGCAGCAACAGGAGGACCAUGGUAACCAUGCAGACAGUGACCACGGAGAUGGAGCGUUGCUAGGGGGUGGAAAACCUGAACCCCGCCCCCGAGUACAAGCACUCCCCAAACCAGCCCCAGUCAUCACCCGGAAACCCUCCCUCGCUGCCAAGACCUCCUCCCGCAAAGGAUUGUGGGAAGAUGGAGGCUCACUUGCGAUAGACUUGAACUUGACUGUUGAUACAGUUACCACCUCCCAACCCACACCCACUGACCCCCCACCUACCGAGACCCCCUCAAGUACCCCUGUCCUUUCUCCUGUCCCUGUUACAGCUCUUAGUACCCCUGUCCCAGUCCUCGCACCCCUACCCCAGCUUCCUAGAAAGCUCCCCUCUGAACCCCAAAGACCAGACCACCAGGUGGGGCAGACAGAAGGGACCCCCCUACUCCGUCCCCCUCCAAGACCUCCAGUAGCAACCAGGACCAACGGGGCCGUGGUACCCCAGGAGAGAAGCACUGUGGUCGGCCUAUCAACACCAGCGUUACCCCCUAAACCGUCCGUAGACCUCCACAGCAACAACACUAGACCAAGUGUUGCUCAGAAGCCCACUGCCAUGUCAUCAUCCCGUAGAGCGAGUGCUCCAGCCCAAAAGAAAGCCCCAGUGGUCUCCUCAGAGUGUGAACCUCCUCUUCCUCCUCGACCCCAGGAAGUGUUUAAGAUGCUCCCUCUCCGUCCCCCUCCCAUGAAGACUGUUCCUGGUCGACACCCACCUCUCCAGGCUGUCUCCUCUACCACAUCAUCCAAUCAGCCACCCCCUGCCCAGGCUGUAGCCGCCCCCGCUUCCGCAUCAGCCAACCAACAGGCUGUUCCUGGCCCCUGCACCACUCCAUCAGCCAAUCAGCCGCAGGGUCAGAGGGCACCAAAGAAAGGCCCCCCUCUACCCCUCCGACCCAGGCCUGGACACCCCCUGUACAAGAGUUACAUGCCCAUCCUUCCAUCUCAACCCAGUGGAGAGAAGUCCCAGCUGGUCACAGCACCUGUCAGUGGUCUGAGGUGUGUGGCACAGUUCGACUACGAGGGGGAGGAGGAAGACGAGCUGACCUUCUACGAGGGUGAUGUCAUCUCUCUGACGGAGGUGAUUGGUCAGGAGUUGGGGCGGGGACAGAUCCACGGGCGAAUAGGAAUCUUCCCUCUGGCCUUCACGGAGGUCAUUGAGGAACCGCCUCCGUCGUCAGGGAAACAGCCCGUUGUCGAGAAGACCACGAAGAUGGAAUCCUCAGGUCAGACUGCAGAGGAUCUGUGGUUCCAGCAGGGGGCGCUGAUCAGAGUAACACAGCGUGUCGACGCAGACUGGACCAGAGGAACACUGGACGGAUGGGAGGGAGUGUUGCCCACUACUUACACACACACCUGUAACACAGCCCAGCCAAUGAGGGACCAGCAUGUGGCCAAGGGCGUGGCCAAGGUCCUGUUUGAUUUCAGUGCAGAGAGUGAAGAUGAACUCUCACUAAAGGCGGUGGAGGUGGUAACGGGUGGAGGCAGUAGAUGAGGAGUGGUAUCUGGGGGAUGCAGGAGGGAGGCGAGGCCUGGUCCCCAAAAACAACCUGACACCUACAAAUAGGAUUAUGGAUGUACACUGUGUGUUAGAGAGAGACUGUGUUAGAGA